CUCGUUCGCUCGUUGGCCAAGCGAAGCGCGAGCCUUGGGAGAUGUGCAACAUUUCGUACUCUGUUGAAUUAAUACGUCAUCUCAUAUUCUGAAGUGAUAAUCUUGAAUUCAAUUGUGAUUUUGAUUACCAUUCGUGUAUAAAUCAGCAUAAUGCCGGCGGCGCGGGGCGUUAAACGCACAGCGUCGAAAUCAUCGGCCGCCACAUCAUCCUCGGCUCCGAAAAACAAGAAAAAACGUGGAGCAAUCUCUUUGGAGAUACCUGUAGCGCCGAAGAAGAGGGGUCGCGUGUUCACAUGUGGACAGGGGGACGUGGGACAGCUCGGGCUCGGAGAAGAUGUGCCGGAGACUACAAAAUUCAAACAUGUGACCGCUUUAGGUGACAAAAUUGUGGAAGUUCGCGCUGGGGGCAUGCACACCAUAGCACUGGACAGUGACGGCAAGGUAUGGACAUUCGGCUGCAAUGACGAAGGCGCUCUAGGCAGAGCGACAUCUAGCGACAAAGACGAGGCAACUCCGAAGAAAGUGUCUCUACCGUCCCGAGUGGUCGCGGUGACCGCCGGAGACUCGCACUCCGCUGCGUUGCUGGAUAACGGUGAUGUGUAUGCUUGGGGUGCUUUCAGGGAUUCCCACGGCAGCAUGGGCCUGGUGGUUCGCGGGCGGGAGGGCAAAGCGUGCCGGGAGCCCGUGAAAGUUGACGUGGGGGAAGUCGCGGUCGGCCUCGCGUCCGGGGGAGACCAUCUGGUUAUACUGACGACAUCCGGCUCAGUUUACACGAUGGGUUGCGGGGAACAAGGACAACUGGGCAGGUUGUCACAGCGCUCGGCCAGCAGAGACGCGAGGCAGGGUUUCAGUGCGUUACUAGUACCAUCGAAAGUGACGCUAAAAGGUGGCGCCAGCCGCGUGUUCGCGGGCUACCACGCCACCUUCGCGCUGGACGCCAGCGGGCAGGACAAGGUGUUCGCGUGGGGGCUCAAUAAUUACGGACAACUCGGUAUAACGGGCGAGAAACGCAAAACGGCGAUAUUCUCUCCGACGGAGUGCGACGCGUUCGCGGCGGCGGGCGGCGGCUGGCGCGCGCUCAGCGCCGGGCAGCAUCACUCGCUGGCGCUCGACAACGCUGGGGUUGUCUAUGCUAUUGGCCGGUGUGAAUAUGGCAGACUGGGCCUGGGCGCGGUGAGCGCGGACGCGACGCAGGCGACGCGCGCGCGGCUGCGCGACGCGCGCUGUGUCAGCGUCGCGGCCGCCACCAGCAGCUCCUUCGCCGUCGCUGACGACGGCCAAGCAUACGCCUGGGGUAUGGGCAGCGAAGGCCAGUUAGGUACGGGGGACACCAACGACGCGUUAGAACCGGUAGUUGUCGAACGCAACGCGCUCAGCGUGUCCGCGGGCGGCCAGCACACUGUCCUGCUGAUGGAGGACCCUUCGGGCUCCAAAGGUGACAGUCCGGAGCCUGAGCUGGAAACUGUCGAAGAAGAAGUUGAAGCUCCCACGACUGAGGACAAACACAAUGAUGAACCUAAAGACAAACCUAAAGGGCGGCAAACGAAGCGUCAGAAGAAACAGCAUCAAGAGGAUGAAGUGUCGUCGACCUCGAGCGCGCUGCCCAGCGACACCGCGGACGAGAACAAGCCUCAGAAAGUAAAUGGUGAUGAGAAGGAGACUCCUAUGGAGGUUGACGAAACUGACAACACACAAGACAGCAAAGACGAAACACAAAUAGAAGAGCGAGAACAGAAAACCGAAGAAUCACAAUCUGAGCCGGCCCAACCGGAAACAGACACGGAAAAACCUGAAGUUACGGACACCUCGAGCCAGGACACCAACACCACAGACAGUGAUAACAAGUCUCAGGACAGUGAGAAAACUGAUGAGAAACAGAUUAAUGAUGUCGAAAUGAAGGAAGAAGUGAACGGGGACCCCGAUGUGGAGAAGAUAGAACCCAAAACCGUGGAAAGUUUAAGUGAACCGUUGACAACCACAGCGUGAUGGUAGUCUUGACUUAGUGUUUACGGAAAGUGAUGGAGUUUGGUUCGAAUCGUGUUUAAAAAUUCAACAAGCGGCCCGGCCCGGCUUCGUUCGGGUAAGACCAUAUUAAAUUAUACACCUAAAUCUACUUUAAUCACACUAUGUAUUAAAAAAACAAACAUCAAAAUUCGGUGUAUAGUUUAAAAGAUCUAGCCCUAUGUAUAUAGGGACAGACAGACAGCGGAAAGCCAAUUUAGUUUUAUACUGUGUAGUUAAGACAAAGAUAAUUAGCAACAUUAUUUAAAACUAACUACUCGGCCCGGCUUCGCACGGGGUCAUUUAUGUAUGUACAAACUUCGGGAAUAAAUUGUCUAAAUAACGGUGAGAACUGCAUUAAAAUCUGUUGUGUGGUUUAAAAAAAGAAAGCAUAGAAACAUAAAUGCUGAGAGAGACUUUGUUUUGUUAUAUAUGUAGUGAUUUCAUGGGAAACAAUUAUAGUAUGAUGGCUUAUUAGAUUCAGCUAAUGCCUUCUGUAAAAUGUUAUCUUUCGCAAAAGGUUGCUUUGACACAAUGACAUGAUUUAUAAAUCAUGUAAUUUCAUCAUGAAGAAUUUUUUGUCAAAUUCUAAAUUCUUCUCAACUUGGGAUUUGUUUUUUUGUCAAUUUCAAGUAUAUUAUAAUUUAUAUAACAAAUAUUAGUAAAUGGUUGACUGAAAUAAGUCUACCAUUGGUACAAUUAUCUUUGUGUAAUAUAAUUUUAAAUAAAUGUCUGUCUCGCAAAAUGUCGCGAGGGACUUAGAUAAAGUAAUUUUGAAACACAGUGUUAUAUGCAGUGCAAAAGCGAUCUCAGCGGAGACCUAUGUCCAGUAGUGGGUCUCGGAGGGCUGCAACUGAAGCCUGUCUUCUUUUAUGCCAACUGUCUUUAUCCUGUGCUAAUCUAAUAAGUGAUGACUCUCGAUAGUCCCAUGUAUCCCAUGGAGUGAUCUCUUCCAGUCAAUUUUAUUUGUAUUGGAGUGUUUCAUGAUUGCAUGUUCAUUUUCAUCUAUUUGAAAAUCCACCAUGUAUGACAAAUCUUCUAUUUUAUUUUAAAUCAUUGGAUUCUGUCUGUUUGUCUGUCUGUAAUCAAAUCUGGCUAGUUCAUUUUUACAGAGUUGGCUACAUUAUAUUGUUUGAUAUACAUAGACCAGAAAUAGACCUGACGGUUUGUAAAUCAUUUUUACAAAAUACUAAUUUUAUUUAAAAUAAAGCUGGCAAUUUAAUAAAUGUGACUUAUAAUUUAGUGUGUUGCUUUUUAUACAAAAUAAAAAUGAAAAAUCGUUUCGAAAAAGCAAAUUCCAUCACGUUUUUCCUAGCGUAAAAACACUGACAUAUUUUUGUAUGUAAAAAGUGUGGGGUUCGAAAGGAUUCCAUAUCAAUGAUGCCAAUUUGGACCCCAUAUAAAGCUGUAAUGAUUACGAUCGUAAUCUUUUUUACAUUUCUGUCAAUAAAAAUAAUUAAAAUCGUUCUACAGAAGUGAAAUAUUGUGAAGCUAUCACGAAUAUUUGCGAAAUCUCGUGGAAUUAGUAGGUACUGUGCGGAGUGCCUAUUAAUUCCAUGUGAAAAUUUAAUCUUAUAGACAAUGCCAGAGAUUUAUAAAAAACUUAGUUUAGUUCCAUUUACAUAAGACAGAGGCGCUGUUCAUUUGUCAUCACAGACAUUCAAUUUAUUAAAUGUCUGUGUUUUUCAUAUAAGUUUUUGUCAAUUUCUAUAUACGAUUAAGUCCUCGAAAAAACUUCCGAACUAGCGUUUCAUAUCAGUCUUAAUGAAUGUCCACAAAAUAAAAGAUAUUUUCAAUUCGAUAUACCAAAAUUGUUAUAUUGCAAGAGUCUAAAUACGAAAUGUGUUAAAGUUAAAAUAUGAUUCAUCACAGGAAAAUAUAGGUAGGUUUCCCGGUUCACGAUGUUUUCCUUCACCGGAAGCAAAUGAUGGUCUAUGAAAAAUACUGUCAGAUUGGUAUGCCUUUUUAGUGGCCAUUGUUUAUGGUCAAAAAUCUUAACGAAAUGUAAAAUACUUUCAAGAAAAAGGUUUAUGAGGUGAGUAGCUGUUUGCAAAAUUAUUGACAUUGUUAUAGUCUAGGACAAAUUUUAAAUUUAUCGUUCAAUUUUAAAGUCCACAUUUUUUUUUAUUUGUAUAAGAAAAUCAUUCUGAAAACGUAUUUUGGUGUUCAAACUAUGAACCUAUGUUUAAAUGGGGAAUUGAUAAUUUUAUAUUUUAAUAAUACCUAAUAUAAUUACAAAUCAUUGAAAACUAAUUUGAUUUAGUAAAGAAAUAUACUAUUGUCAAUAUUUUAUCCCAUGUAAGCUAAUAAUUUUCGAUUUUAUAUCAUAAAUAGCCAAUUUCCAUAGAGAUUUGUAUUUGUAAUAUAAUAAAUAGUCCAAUUUUCAUAACAGUACAUAAUUGUCUCAAUUUCUAUUCAAUUUUAAUAAUAAGGAUAAAUACUGUAGCAAUAAAUUGGGUUAAAAUGUUCACAAGAGUACAAGAUUUUAUGAUUUAAAAUCUUUUUAUAUAUCUUUCUUAGCUCUCUCGCUACAAAAUCACUACACUCUAAAAACAUUCGUUUUCAUUUCGUAAAAUAUAUAUAUGUUUUCAGAAUGUACGCAACACAUGUACAGUCUUCAAAAUAUCACAUUAAGAUAAAAUGUUUUUCUCAAAAUAGUUGAAACGAUUACGAGCGCGAAUGAUUACAUUAUUUUGUGCGCAAAUUCCGGACGUGCUAAAGUCGAAGACAAAUUUAGUUGAUUUCAUGUUUAGUUCAUAUCUAAUUGACAUCUGUGUGUGGGUAAAUUAAAUAUUGAUAGCAUAAUAAUAAAUUCGAUCUAUUUACCCACAUGAUAGUAAUAUUUCCAUAGAAAAUAAUGGUAAAAAAAAAUAUAUAUAUAAUUUUUAAAGACCCUAAAAUCGAAGAAGUUCGCUUUGUACGUCCGUGGAUGCACUAAGCCGAUAUAGAUGAGGUUGCUAGCUAAAUAUAGGGUUGGUUUGGUCUACAGACCGGACGGGAGUAAUAGAUAAUAAGUUAGAAAUAUAAAUCCGUAAGUAAACGUUUUGUUGAUUUUUAUUUUAUUUUAUAUUAUUUUUCUGCAUGGAUACAAGUACAAAGGUACAACCCUUUAUGAACGCUGUCACUUGUUAUUAUAAUGAUGAACUUUUAAUGUAUUGUGUUUUCCUAAUAAAAAUAGUAGUGUAA